GACCAAUCAAAUGCGAUGGUUACUUGUAAACAUUCCCGUGCUCUCACGUCGCGGUUGAGGGGCCCAAACACCACCUCCACAUAGUGACCUUUUGCCAGAAUGGCAGGAUUUCUGAGAUACAAUCGCGAGUCAAACCACCCAAUGAAAGAUUCAGAGACCAUACUUCAAGAGGCUCUGACAGACUGUUACCCGGUACUCUGUGAGUACUGUGGGGAGGGAACCCGGCCUAACUUGGAUCUGACAUGGUUGGACAAACCAGAGAGAUCGGGACAGUUCUGCUGUUCUCAGUUCCAGCUGCUUUGGGAGUGGCUUCUUGAUCAGAGGUCACUGGAUUGGACGAUGUCUGACCCUGAGAGCCAUGCUACACCCCACAAACAGCCAAUAAUGCGGGGGGAGAAGCUUUCUUAUAAAGAGGCCAGUCUAGAAAAGGGCAGGCAUGUCAAAGCGGAAGCACAGGAAGCACAGCAAGCUUGCCAUCAUGCAUCUGGCGAUUCACCCAGAGCCACUACAGAGCCUUAUAACACGGCCUCAAAUGCAAUCCGGUACCGACACUCCACCAUGUGUGCGGGUAAUGCGGGCUGGACCGUCUCCCCUGAGUCACACACAGAGAUACCUUCAAAAGCAGAGACACCAGAGACAGAGGUGGAGAUGUAUCGUUGUGAACACGACCAAGGGAAGUUUGGUUUGCAUCCUCAUCAGCCUGCUGCUGGAUUUCAACAAAGAAAUUACUCCAGUGGAAUGAAAUGUCUCACUGUGUUCCCAGAUGGAUCCUUGCAAGUCCUUUACCCCUCUGGCUGUGUGGCCCUGGUGGUUGUGGUCACUGAAGCAAACGGCAGGGUCUGCAUUGUUUACGACGACAGCGAUGUCCCUGAGCAACCAAUCAGAGCUAUGUUCCAGUCCGAUGGCCGGGCAACGUGCUAUAGCAGCAAUGGUAGCAUCUGGCUCAGCCUAGGUCAAUCCGGAGGUCAGCGCUUGGACCAAUCAGGAGCCAGAGUUCAAAGGUGGAGUUGGGGCAGCCUUGGCCUUGGUAGCCCCACCCCUCUGCGGCCACUCUUCCUGUCACUCAACAAGAAUAUCGGGGUUCGCGUACUUGGCAGAGACCAAUGUCAGGUGGAUUGUAUGAACAUAUGUCACAAUCCAUCCAUCCGCUCAGAGGAGCUGUUCCUGCUGGCCGGGAGAAUGGGAGUGUCUCUGGCCAUGGAAGGUCUCCGUUAUUGCUUGAGAAGGCUUUCCAGGCACAAGCCUUUCAAAGCCCAACUGGGUAUGCGCCAUCACAUGGGCCUCAUCAGGAAGCUGCUGGCAGCCAGUACCACUGUGGGGAUAGGGGCCAGCGACAAGGCCUUCAUCCACAGGUGCCUUCAGGGCUACUUGUGAUGUGUGUCCUCUAUUACUUUUUACAUUUCCUUUUCAGUAUAUUGAAUAAAAUUGAACUACAUUUUUGACAUUGUAUUUAUAAUUAAAAACUACUCCUAGGGGAGAAUUGACAAGCAACACCAAGGAUCCAGUGCGUUUUGUUUGACAUGACUCACUGAUAAUCCCCUUGGGACUUGUCGAAUGAGCUCAACCGCUUGC